CAUUCAUGAAAACCAAUUCGGUGACGUCACCAUACCAGUGAUUCAUUUCGCCAAUAACUUCAAAGGUAUACAUAUGGAUGUAUGUUUGUAUUUUCCAAUUUGUUGUGAUUGCACUGCUUCGAUUUCUUCAACCCUGAACUUAACAGCUUCUGAACGCCAUUACAUACAAAUUUUUAGAAGAAUGUACAAAUAGCUCAGUAAACUCGUUUAUUUGUUUUUAUGUAGACUUAAGAUUAUUUACUGAUAGCAAAUAACUAAUAAAAUAAAUGAAUACAGCAGAGUAAACAAUGUUGCGAACAAACAAAUCUAACCGCAAUACAUUUGAGCUUUCGACGCCUAUGUAAACCGACUUUCGUGCAAAUGUGGUUGUGUGUGUGUAUGUGUGUGAAGAAAUCAAUGGGGAAAAAACUCCUUGCUAAGCCGAAUUGAGCCGGCAAAGGCAAAAAGUGGCAGAGAACAACAACAAUAACAAUAGCAACAACAAGAAGGCAUACAUAUAAUAACAACAAAGCGUAUAGAGAAAAUCAAAUUGAAAACGGUAAAUCGAAAUUGCCAAAUAGUAAAUAAACUAAUAGAAGAAGCAAUUAAUUGGUGGUUGCGACACUUGUGGUUAAACAGAACAUUUUUUGCGUUGUGCUGUUGGUUUGUACACAUACGUGUUGACUUUAAUUAUGCAAAAAAUUCAUAAUAAUUAAUUUUUAAUAAAUAUUAUAUUAAGCUAGCAAACGCUGAAUCGUGAAUUUACAGAACAAAAAAUGGUACAAGUGGAGGGCAAAUAUUUUUUAAACUACACAAAAAACUAAACUAAAGACUACGUGGAAAAAAAGCGAAAAAAGUGUGCACGUGUAGGUGCAAAAUGUAAAAAAAAUGACUUCACCGAAAAAAAAAUAAACUCUGCAAAUAGAGGAGGCAGAAGAGAAUAAAAUAGUUUAAUAAAAAUUUUAAUGAAUUAUAGUACACGAAACUAUAAUACAAAAUUUAAGAAAAAAAAUAAAAAACAAAUAAAAUAGUGUAACUAAAAGUAAACGAAAUUCAAAGAAGAAAUACAAAACAAGUAUAUUAAUAAAUACAAAAUCAAACCCCUUCAGCGCGCAAAAAAGUUAAUUUUAUUUCACCUCAUAUCAGCACCGUUCAAUCACACUAGCUCUUUAAUUUCUAGUAAGACACCUUUACCCUAAAGAUAUCAUCAUAAUUAUUGUCCACACAGCAACAAUUUUCUCUGUCACCCAACACCCUGCACAUCCCAGUGACGUGCUUCGUCUGCUUGCUGCCUUUGCCUGGCAGCAUUUAGUGUUGUUGCUUUUUGUAUUGACACUGUUACCGCAAGCAGCAGCGCUACGAUCAUCUAUUAUUUCAUGGAGUAGAAAAGAGUUCCAGCAAAGCUGUGUUCCGCACAUUUUCUCACGCUUUGUAGUUAUGGUCGAUCCGUUAAAGAUCUUUUGGGUACUCACAAAUAGCACUUAUCUGGUUACAAAAUUUGUACGCAUUGGUAUUGCCGAUAAAAACGACUCUCCACCGUAUUUCGACAGAUUUCUCUACGAGACUGAAAUUGAUGAGAAUGCCGAUCUACAGACAACUGUACUCACUGUCAAUGCCAAGAAUCACAAUGAUUCCUCGAAUAUUCGAUACCAGAUCACAGGCGGUAACAUAGGCAAUGCCUUCGGCGUACAAAAUACAACUGGCGCGAUUUAUGUUGCCAGUCCACUCGACUAUGAAACCAGACCAAGGUACGAGUUACGUUUGGAAGCGUCCCGCAAUCGCAAAACCAACUACACCACCGUCGUCAUCAACGUACGUGAUGUCAACGAUAAUCCACCGUCAUUCGAUCGUCAAACAUAUCGCACACAAAUCACCGAAGAGGACGAUCGUAAUCUUCCCAAGCGCAUACUGCAGGUUACCGCUACGGACGGCGACGUAGAUAGACCGAUGAGUAUUGUAUAUUUUCUAACCGGUCAGGGCAUCGAUCCGGAUAACACAGCAAAUAGUAAAUUCGAUAUUAAUCGCACAACUGGCGAUAUUUUUGUACUAAAGCCACUUGACCGUGAUCAACCACAUGGCAGGCCACAAUGGCGAUUUACCGUCUUUGCACAGGAUGAGGGAGGCGAGGGUUUGGUUGGCUAUGCUGAUAUCCAAGUGAAUCUAAAGGAUAUCAAUGACAAUGCACCACAAUUCCCGCAAGGCAUUUACUUUGGCAAUAUAACAGAGAAUGGCACGGCCGGCUUGUCGGUGAUGACAAUGUCAGCCGUCGAUUACGAUGAUCCCAACGAGGGCACGAAUGCCAAACUUAUUUACUCCAUAGAAAAGAAUGUGAUCGAAGAGGAGACAGGUGCGGCGAUAUUCGAAAUCGAGCCGGAAACGGGCGUGAUAAAGACUGCUGUGUGUUGUUUGGACCGCGAACGCACACCCGACUACUCCAUACAAGUGGUAGCGAUGGACGGUGGCGGACUGAAAGGAACUGGCACUGCAUCGAUAAGGGUCAAAGAUCUAAACGAUAUGCCACCGCAAUUCACAAAAGAUGAAUGGUUUACCGAGGUGGACGAAACGAAUGGCACAGCCAUACCUGAAACGCCGAUACUCACGGUGACCGUGCAAGAUGAGGACGAAACUAAUUCAUUUCAGUACAAAGUGGUGCCGAACAGUGGUUUUGGCGCGGAGAAGUUCGCCAUGGUGCGCAAUAGUGACGGUACGGGUUCCUUGAAAAUCACACAACCGCUCGACUACGAAGAUCCAAUGCAGAGCAGUGGCUUUCGUUUUCGCAUACAAGUCAACGAUAUGGGCGAUGACAAUGACAGCGAUAAAUAUCACGUAGCCUAUUCAUGGGUGGUGGUGAAAUUGCGCGACAUUAACGACAACGAACCGCACUUCGAGCGCGACCACAUCGAAAUGGCCAUUUACGAAGACACCAAAGUGGGUACAAUACUAGAACAAUUACGUGCUACAGACGCCGAUCAGGGGGGUCAUAGUAGAGUUACGUAUCGUAUAGUACGCGUCACAAAUAAGAAACGUCAAUUUGCCAUUAGUCCAAAAGGUGCGGUUAGUGUGCAGCGGCCGUUGGAUCGUGAAGAAACCGACCGACAUUUUGUGCAAAUACUUGCUGUGGAUGAUGGCAGUACGCCGCGUACAGCGACUGCCACAUUGACGGUGAUAGUGAAAGAUGUAAAUGACAAUGCGCCGGUAUUCGCGAAAGACUAUCGGCCGGUGUUGCCGGAGAAUGUAUCGCCACGCAAAAUUAUCGAAAUAGCGGCGACAGAUGCUGACGAUCGAGCGCGUGGCAAUGGUGGACCAUUUACUUUUCGGCUCGAUCCCUUGGCCAGUGAUGUGAUACGUGCCAGUUUCAAGGUGGACCAAGACAGACGCGGUGACAGUGGUAAUGGCAUAGCCAUUGUCUCUUCACUGCGUCCCUUCGACCGGGAACAACAAAAGUCCUACCUCAUACCAAUCGAAAUUAAGGACAACGGCACACCGCCCAUGACAGGCACCAGCACUCUGACAGUCAUUAUAGGCGACGUGAAUGAUAAUAAAAUGCUGCCGGGCAGUAAGGAUGUUGUUGUCUACAAUUACCAAGGACAAUCGCAUGACACGCAAAUAGGGCGAGUGUACGUGCACGACUUGGACGAUUGGGAUGUGCCGGACAAGAAAUACUAUUGGGAGGCGCAAGAGCAUCAGCGUUUCAAAUUGGAUACAGACACGGGCAUCGUUAUGAUGCGUGCGGGCACGCGUCGUGGUCGCUAUCAAUUGCGCUUUAAGGUCUACGAUCGGGAGCAGGGUCAGGUGGAUGUGCCGGCGAACAUGACUGUCGUGGUGCGCGACAUCACUCACGAAGCGGUGCAGCAGGCGGGCUCAAUGCGCCUGGCGGGCAUCAGUGAUGAGGACUUUGUGCGCGUAUGGGACUACACACAGCACAAACUGCAACGCUCCAAGCUUGAAAGGUUUCGCGAAAAAUUGGCGGAGCUACUGUACACGGAUCGUGACUACGUUGAUGUAUUUAGCGUGCAAUUAAAAUCGGAGCAGCCCUUGUUGACGGACGUACACUUUUCUGCGCGCUCUCCCACACAGCAGCCCUACUUUAAGGCAGUGCGUCUGAAUGGUGUGGUGCUGAUGCAUCGCGACGAGAUCGAAAAGGAAGUGGGUAUUAACAUUACUAUGGUGGGUAUUGAUGAAUGCUUGCAAGAGCGUAAGCACUGUGAGGGCUCGUGCACCAAUCAUGUUGAGAUACACAAUCGCACGCCGUAUACGGUGAGUGUGAAUAAAACGGCGGUGGUGGGCGUGCGACUUAACACAAACGCCGAGUGUGUUUGCAAAGCGCGCACCUUCAGCCGAGAGGAGACAUGUCGCACGCAUCACUGCUACAAUGGCGGGCGUUGUGUGGAUACGCGCAGUGGGCCAAAGUGUGUCGCGUGCCCUGUGGGUUACAAUGGACCACGCUGUCAGCAGACAACACGCAGUUUUCGCGGCAACGGUUGGGCGUGGUAUCCUGCGCUGCAAAUGUGCGAGCAAUCGCACCUUAGUCUUGAAUUUAUUACCAGCGAAGCGGAUGGACUUAUACUCUACAACGGACCUAUAGUUCCACCCAAACCGGACGAACAGCUGCUGCGCGAUUUCAUUGCAAUCGAGCUGGAGCAGGGUUAUCCACGUCUGCUCAUCGACUUCGGCUCUGGCUCUUUGGAGUUGCGUGUGAAAACGAAAAAAACGCUUGACGAUGGCAUUUGGCAUCGGCUGGAUGUGUUCUGGGAUAGCGAGAAUGUGCGCAUGGUGAUUGAUUUUUGUCGCAGCGCAGAAGUGUUUGAGCUGGAAGAUGGCUCGGCACCCGAAUUCGAUGACAACUCCUGCCAAGCGCGUGGUCUAAUACCACCUUUUAGUGAGACGCUGAAUUUGAAUGUACCACUACAGUUAGGCGGUCUGUAUCGGCAACACUUCGAUCAAACGCUCUAUCACUGGCAGUAUGCCUUCACGUCUAAGGGCUUCGAUGGCUGCAUACGCAAUCUCAUACACAACUCGGAACACUACGAUCUAGCAUUUCCAGCAUUGGCGCGCAAUAGCUAUCCCUCCUGUCCGCAAACAGACGAAGUCUGCUUAAAAACCGAGCACACAGCACGUUGCUGGGAGCAGGGUAAUUGCGUUGCGAGCCUAGUACAAGCCAAAUGCUAUUGCCGACCCGGCUGGACGGGACCCACCUGCAAUCUACCCACCAUACCUACCACAUUUAAGCCGCAAAGUUAUGUUAAGUUCGCACUCAGCUUUGAGCCGGAUCGCUUUAGCACGCAACUACAGUUAAGGUUUCGUACACGCGAGCAACAGGGGGAACUGUUUCGUGUUAGCGAUCAACAUCAACGUGAAUACGCGAUACUCGAACUCAGCCGUGGCCACUUACAGUUGCGGUUUAAUUUAAAUUCGCUGCGCACCGAAGAAAAGCGACUGCAACUGAAUGACAUAGCAGUCAAUGAUGGACAAUGGCAUGUGGUGCGUGUGAAUCGUUAUGGUUCAGCAGCUAUGUUGGAGUUGGAUGGUGGCGAGGGUCGGCGCUACAAUGAAACAUACAAUUUUGCCGGGCAUCAGUGGCUCUCUAUCGAUAAGCAAGAGGGCGUAUAUGCGGGCGGCAAAGCGGAGUAUACGGGCGUAAAAACCUUUGAAGUACAAUCGGAUUUUCAAAGGAGCUGUCUGGAUGAUAUCAGACUGGAUGGCAAACACUUGCCGCUGCCACCUUCAAUGAAUGGUACACAGUGGGGUCAGGCGACAAUGGCGCGUAAUCUGGAGCGUAAUUGUCCAUCAAAUCGACCAUGUUCGAAUGUAAUCUGUCCGGAUCCAUUUGAUUGUGUGGACCUGUGGAAUGAGUAUGAAUGCACUUGUAGCGAGGGUCGCAUUAUGUCCGCCGAUACGAAAGGAUGCGUCGAUCGCAACGAAUGUCUCGAUUUGCCCUGCCUCAAUGGAGCGACUUGCAUUAACCUCGAGCCACGCCUUCGCUAUCGCUGUAUAUGUCCAGAAGGCUAUUGGGGUGAGAACUGUGAAUUGGUGCAAGAAAGUCAACGCCUUAAGCUGAGUAUGGGAGCGCUGGGUGCCAUCUUUGUGUGCCUCAUCAUCAUAUUGGCACUUUCACUUAUCUUCGUGCUGUAUAACCGCAAACGCAAGACAACGAAAAAGAAACGUGCCGGCCCGGAGAAGGAUGUACGUGAGACAGUUAUUAGUUACGAGGACGAGGGUGGUGGUGAAGAUGAUAUGACCGCAUUCGAUAUAACACCACUGCAAAUACCCAUCGGCGCCGGUGGUAAUAUGCCACCUGAUAUUGCGACUUGCAAAAUGCCAAUAAUAUAUCCCGUCAUGACAUUGCUGCCAGGCCAAGAGGUGAACGUCGGCUUUCUGAUGGAGGAGCGCAAAAACCGAUUCGAUAAGGAUCCCAAUGCGCCACCUUUUGAUGAUCUACGCAAUUUCACCUUCGAGGGCAGCGGUAGCAUAGCCGAGUCGCUGAGCUCCUUGGCCUCAGGUGCGUACCGGCACACUCCGACCACCAUCGCCACCACUUCUUUCAUGCACUGCACCGACGAUGAGAAUCAAGACUACAACUAUUUGACGAGCUGGGGCCCGCGUUUUAAUGCGCUAGCCGCCAUGUACGUACAUCAUGACCGGACAAAGCUGACGAGAGUGGUAGCAACGAAUGAGGCGGUUAUGGCAGCAGCGACAGCAGCCGCGACGGCUGUGCAAGGGGGAAUAGGCACAGGAACAGGACCGGGAAUGCUGGCGAAAACGACGGCAGCGGUAAUUGAAGAAGAGGAUGAAGACGAUGACGAGGAGGACGAAGAGGAAGGAAAUGUGGCAUUAUAAAAUUAGGCCAAAUGGCAGACGCGCACGAAGUUAGUGCUAGGCGUGACAGGAAAGGGCCGCUGCAAUGGCAAUGCGUGUAAAUAAUUGCUGGCAGGCGCUCGCUUAGCAGCGAUAUGCUCAUGCAUGUGUAUUGGUUUUGCAGUAAGCGGGGUAAUUAAGGUCAAAGUAAAGAAAUGUUACUUUAGUGAACGGCUUGACAUGUUGGUGGAGAAUCGCCUGGCGCCCAUUGACCGCAGUAAGUCCAGUAUCAAGACUAAGAAAGAAUAGAAAAAAACAAAUGAAGAAGCCAGCUGAGAGAUACUUGAAACUGGCGUGCGAUGUUAACGGUUGUAGUGGAAGUGUUGCAUAAAAGUGGGUCAGAAAAGCUACAGAAAAAGUUGCCUGCGCAUAAACGAACUUUUUAGAUUUUCUGCAACUAAAAUUUGAUUUGAUUUUGCUUUACAUGAGCAAGUGAAUUUCAUUAGAGAUAUGUAAAAUAACAUUGGAGAAAGGCUGAGCAGAACCAAAUGAACCUAAUUUUGUGUAGGUGUAUAACUCUGGACAUACAGAGGCAUUUACGCAAACUGUACACAUACUUAAACAUACACCUAAAUGUAUUUUUGAAAAUCAAAGAAAGAGUAAAAAACAGGAACUAAUGCGCUAAGAAUACAUAUGAUAUAUAAACAUAUGUAUGUAUAUACUAUUAGACUGACGGCCAAUUCCGAAUCAAAUAGUUUGAGGGUUUGUGGCGUCAUAAGAAAAUUAACGCAGUUUGGGUGUAAUCAGUUAGUUUAGGGCACUCGACCACUUCAAAAGGUAGCUUAAGAGAUAUUGAUUUUAGUUAUUUACUACAGUUGCGCGCAACUAUUUUACAGCGACGGCAAACUGGAUGUAAACCUAUAGAUGUUUGCCUUUGCUUUCAGAAGUUUGGAGUUUCACACAUUAAAUACAAAUUUUUUUAGUAUACGGAUACACUUUCCUGUGGAAACAAUUAUUACCAUUGACAGUUGACAGUCUUCAAAUGAUGAAAAUUAAACAAUGAAAAAAUUCAGCCUUUCACUAACUAUACUCUUUGUCAACAAAUAUUCGAUGCAUUUUUAUAGGAGUUUUCAAAAUUGGGAUGUAUCCCUCAUAAAAACUUUUCGGAGUUAUUUCGGAGUAAUUUUCGAAAUGGUUUUCGAAGUAAUUUUCGGAGUAACAUUCAGAGUAACUAUCGCGGUUUAAAAAAGUUGCACAUACCACUCAUUCCUAAAUUUCGGAAUCAUUUGUUUCGGUAUCCUAUAUUUUGAAAUAAUAUUCCUAAAAAUUUCCAGAGCUUCAAAAACUCUUCGGCAGCGUUCAUACACAAGCUUUGGAGUUAUUUCGCAUUAAGUUUCGGAAUGAACCUUUAAACUUAGGCAAUUCUAGGUAGCAUUCAUACAUAUGUUUCGGGGAUCCGUUCUAUGAAAUUUGGAAAUAUUUUUCCUAAAUUGGAAUAUUUGGAGCGUUAAUACACCAAAUUCGGAGUAAUUUCGGAGUAAUUUUCGGAAAAAAAUGUUCGCUUAAAAAAUGUGGAAAAAAUUGAUUUACAAACCGCUGUGUGGCUUCGGAGUUUUUAGGAGUUUUCUCGGAGUAGUUUUCGGACUAUGUUUCGGAAUGGUGUUCAUAGUUUAACAAAUGGGGGCACAAAAUUGAUCUACAAGCCGCAUUGUUGUUUCGGUGUUUUUAGGAGUUUUAUCGGAGUAGUUUUCGGACUAGUUUUCGGAAUAAUGUUCAAAGUUUAACAAAUGUGGGUACAAAAGGUAUAUACAAGCCGCAUCGUUAUUUCGGAAUUUUUAGGAGUUAUCUCGGAGUAGUUUUCGGACUAAUUUUCAGAAUAUUGUUCAUAGUUUAACAAAUGUAAGCACAAAAUUGAUGCACAAAUCGGAGAGUUGUUUCGGAGUUUUUAGGAGUUAUCUCAGAGGAAUUUUUGGAACAGCUUGCGGAACUUACAAACAUUUUUGACUCGCACUCGCGCACAAAAUACAUACAUACAUGCGUAGAAACAAAUGCUCUCAUUUACAAAGUUUAACACUACAAAUGCAAUAUAAUUAUAGAUUUUUUAUUACAGCAGAAAAGCCAAUAGCGAAUAAAAGUAUAAGUCUAUUAGUCUGUAUGUCUAUUUGUUCUAUCAAAAAUGAACUGCAAAAUCACUGAAAUUUAAUCCAUUUCCCAAAGGCGUGAGCUAUGCUUAAUUAAAAUUAUUUUUCCAAAAAUCUCCCAUAACGCAUUUAAAAAUGGAAACACAGCAGCGGAACAAUUAAGAACUUUUUUAAUUUUUGAAAUUAUUUAGUGUCCCCUAACACCAUUACCUUGUUUGAAAACACCCGAACUGCCUCAGUUUCAUAUAAUAUCACAAACUUUCAGAAUUUAGAGCGUACAAUUUACAAUCUCCGAAUCUUCGGAAAUGGCGGUCACCCUAGUAUAUGUAUACAUAUAGGUAUAAAAGAAAACCAAGAAAUGGGACCAACAACUCAAUUGUAAUAUAAUUUCUUGUAAAUAUCAUAAACGAAAAAUCAAACGACUUACUUAAAAUUAGCAAAAGCCACAAAAUAAUAAAUCCGAAAACAAAUAAUUAUUAGUGUAAUUUUAAAUUUGAAAGAAAAAAAUCAUCAUACUAUAUAGUAAUAUUAACAAAUAUGUUAUAAGCGUGUAUGGGUGGCAGCACUAUGCGAACAACUACUAGUAUAGUUAAAUACAAUUUAAAAUAAAUUUAAUGACAACCAAAAAUUAACUAAUUAUAAUAAAUUAAUUAACAGAAAAAUACAGUUUAAAUUAAAAAAAAAAAUAUUUAAAAUAAAUACUACAAAAAACAAAAAUAAUUAUUACUAUAUGCGAUAUACAAUAGUUGUAGAUUAUGUUUAAAUGAAACAAUUAAAAAAUGAGUCAUUCCUGCAUUUAUUAGAAAAAAUAUAUAUAUAAAAUUAAAAAAAAAAAAUGUGUAACAAAUUAAACAACAUCA